AUGAGCCGGCGCUUCCUUUUCAACCUGGAUUCGCAGCAGAGGGUACGUCCCCGGGGGAGAGCGGACGUGCCCUGCGGACCCGGCGUCCCUAGACCUGGGAAGGCGGCGCACGCGGAGGAGGCGGGGAGAGCGCCUGUCCCAGGCCUGGAGCGCGGUCCUCGCCGCGCGUCGGCCGCCGAGCAGCUGCGGGAACCCGCGCGGAGGCGCAGGAUUCCGAGUCCCGGGAUCGCACAGCUCGGGGCUGGGAUCCAAGAGGCCCCGGCUCCGGACAUUCUCCACUUUGAAAUCAUUGCAGCUUCCAAACAGUUUAAUAACGAGGUCCUGAAGGCCCACAACGAGUACCGGCAGCAGCAUGGCGUCCCCCCGCUGAAGCUCUGCAAGAAACUCAACCAGGAGGCUCAGCAGUAUUCGGAGGCCCUGGCCAGCACGAGGAUCCUCAAGCACAGCCCAGAGUCCAGUCGCGGCCAGUGCGGAGAGAACCUGGCCUGGGCAUCGUACGAUCAGACAGGAAAGGAGGUGGCUGACAGAUGGUACAGCGAAAUUAAGAACUACAACUUCCAGCAGCCUGGCUUCAACUCUGGGACUGGACACUUCACGGCCAUGGUGUGGAAGAACACAAAGAAGAUGGGAGUGGGGAAGGCGUCAGCAAGUGAUGGCUCCUCCUUCGUGGUGGCUAGAUACUUCCCAGCAGGGAAUGUUGUCAACCAGGGCUACUUUGAAGAAAACGUCCUCCCUCCAAAGAAGUAACUUGCCAAAUGUAAUGGGCAGAUGGCAGACUUAAGAACGUGGCUAUGAAGUGCCUAGAACAACAAACACUCAGCUGUGUGUGUGUCUUUGUGGGUGUCUGUGCUUGUGUGUGUGAAGCAUGUGGUGGCUCUUGCACACACCCUCAGAUAGACAAUUUUGCAUCAACUCGUUCUUAUCAAAGGAAUGAGCCAAUGAAGCCUUUACUCCGAUGGUUAGACCACAGUUAUUUGGACUUUGGGGGAAAAUCCAUUUUUAAAUUUUUUUUGUUAUUUCCUAAGCAAAUUUCUUUUGUACCUUUCUUACUUAUAAAAUCCGUCCCUGGACUUUUUGUAUUCCAAACGUUUGUGAUGCUGAGAAAUGAAGUUCAUUUCCUGUGAUCUUCAUGUGUUGUAAUCUACUUGUAGUAGAUAUUUAAGAAUAUUAAAACUUCAUUUAAAUGUGA